CGCCGCCGAAUUCCUCUUCAACGGCAUGAUCUGCACCCCCAAUCGCAUCACCUUCAAUACCCUCAUCGACGGCUACUGUCGCAAGGGUCUCAUGUCCCGUGCGAUAUCCACCGUCGACCGAAUGGUCCUCACCCCGGACUGCUCUCCGGACACGAUCACCUUUACCACUCUGAUCAACGGCUAUUGUAAGCUCGGAGAUCUGGAAAGGGCCCAGCGGUUCAUGGACGAGAUGAUACACCGGUGGAAAUUGGAACCCAACAUCAUGACCUAUAAUUCUAUCAUCAACGGCCUAUGUUCCUCGGGCCGGAUCGAUGAAGCGACGGCCAUGAUGACCCGGAUGCGGCUUGAUGGGGUCAGGGAUGACGUCGCCACUCAUACGUGUCUCCUGAAAGGGUUGUGCAUCCUGGGGCGGCCCGAGUGCGCCGCGAGGCAUCUUACCUCUAUGCCCAAGGUGGGAAUAGAUCCGGACGCGGGAGCAUACGGCGUGGUCAUCAACGAGUGGUGCAAAAGGGACAGGGUCGAGGAGGCGUUAGGGAUUGUAGAAGAGAUGAGUGGCAAAAAUGUCAUUCCGCAUAUUUCCAGUGUCAACGCCCUCCUACGGUCGUUGUCGGAGAGGGGGGAUAUGGGAAGGGCGGUAAAACUUUUGAGGGAUAUUCCGGGAAUGGGAUGCGCUCCUAAUUUUAUGUCUUAUAGCACGGUGAUCUCCAGGCUUUGUGAGUGCGGGGGCAGAAUGGGAACGGUGGAGAAACUUGUGGUGGAGAUGAUGAGGAAGGGGCAACGGCCGGAUCGGACGAUGUAUAGUUUGAUGGUGGAGGGGUAUUGUGGGGAUGGGGAGAUUGAGAUGGCUGUGAGCGUAUUUCGGGACAUGAUGGAGAAGGGUUUUGUGAUUACGUUGCUUGGAUUUGAGGCUUUGGUCAAGGGGUUGGAUGGGAGUGGGAGGGAAGGUGAGGCCGAGAUGUUGUUUGAAGAAAUGCGGAAGAGAUGGGAUGGGGUGGUGCUAGAUUUUGAGAGCUAUAAGAAGAUUUUGUACAACCAUCUACGCCAAUGAUUGAGACAUUUUAUUUGCUUUAAAUGAUGACGCCAAUGAUUGAGACAUUUUAUUUGCAUUAAAUGAUGCUAAUGUUGCACA